GCCGAUGUGUCUGGUAUCAAAUGUCAACAAAUGAAUCCCAACAUAUUUACAACAACAACAACAGAUUUAGUAUGCAGAGAAAUAACUAAUAUUUCGACGUUUAGUACAUUUAUUCCACACAAUUUAUAAUGGCAUAUCCAGAUAUUCAUGCAUGUAUGAAGCUGACAUCAGAGAAUGAAGAACUUAAGAUGAAACUUCAGAAGAUACGGAGACAACGAGAUGAGGCUGUGAAUGAACUGAAGCAGAUCAAGGAGGCCAGUAAAGUGCAUGAACUUUUGAGAAAUUAUGUGACUACUAGAGAUGAGUAUGUCCAGACUGAUGCGCGCACAAAUUAUCUGCAUAUGAAUCGACUGCAGAAGAAAAAGGAGGAGGUUGAGGAGGACAGUAAAAAAUCAUCCACCAGACUGCUGUCCAUGCAUUCAGCGCUGAUGAAACGCUAUGAGAAGGAAGUGAAGCAGAACAUGACGCACAUCGAGACCAUUACAAACCUGAAUCUGGGUAUGAUAGAACUAGAGAAGAAGCUAAAAGAGCGCACAGACGAGGUUUCCUCCCUUGAACGCGAAGUCAAGAUACUACAAAUUCAAGCCAAGUCCAAAGCUCGAAGGAAAUCUGCCAAUAGGGGACACUCACCGGAAUCAUCUGGUGAUGAAGAUGAUUUGACAAAAAUGCGGAAAGAAAACAGAAAGAUGAGAAAAGACAUUGGGAAGUUGAAGCAAGAACUCAGUGGUCUAGAUCACGGCUUCUUUGAGGAGAUUGAAGACAUAAAGUUUGCCUUGCAACAGUCAGCCAAGUUGAACUCUGUGUAUGAGAAAACUUUACGCAAAAUGUGCAUGCAGUUCGGAGUUCCCUACCCCAAUCCAGAGAAAGCUAUCAAAAUGACAAGAUAGUGACGAUUAUCUAGGACUUUUAGACUGGUGAAAAACUCGUGUAUUAUAAAUAGUUAAUGUGUGUAUUUUGAAGGCAUUGCAUUUCAUUAUUUGCGGUGUACCAUGUGAAAAUGGUUCUAAUGCCAUAUGCGGCAAGCAAAGCUCCAGACCACUCGGCACAGCCACACAGUUUAAUGAAGAGCUUUGCCCUCCGCUGUGAAGUCAUGUCAAGUUUUGUUGUCUCAUUAGCUGAUAGAGCAGCUCCAGUCUAGCCUGUGCAGGCUGAUCUGGAGCUACGUUGGUGUCAUAAGAUCCAUUUUUGUUUUACCCAGGUCACUUUGUAAUGAUGUGAAGUUGGUUUUACUCAGUUCAAAUUGGUUAAUAGAUUGACAUAUGUUUAUAGAUUGAGUAGGUUUAUAGCUUGACUAGGUUUAUAGAUCGACUAGGUUUGCACUGAUUAAUUUCCUUGUUUUUACUUUUUAUAUUGCACAAUAAUUAUGUUUCAAGUUAGUUUUGCAGGCAUUUGUUUUGUAAGGACAAAUAAGUACCAAAAUGCAAUGUACUGUUUCUUUAAUUCUAAACAGGUGAAUUAUCUAUAAUUCAGAGAAAUAAAAUGCUUGCUUUUAUGUAACAAAAUAGAAGUGUAAAGCUGUUUCAGUUGUCUGUGAUACUAGUAUACAUUACUGUAUGUAUUGUUUCGUAUUUCCAGUAUAAAUUGUUUUUAAAUAGAAAUAAAAAUACAUUGUCCGAAAUAAAAUUCAUUUAUUUUAAUUACUGCAUUUUGUUGUAACGGAAUGUUAGGAUUGUAAAGCAAUUCAUGAUUAAGGUUAUUCUCAUUAUCAAACCAUGUGCAAAACAAAGUUGGAGGUUGUUCAUUUGGUGGUUGUUGUCAUUGGGUUUGGUAAUCUAGAGCAUAUCUAAAACACUAUUAGGUUUUGACAGUUAAUUUUUGAGGUAGAUAGAUCUCAUUGAGUGGGUGUGCAGUGCACAACAACCAUUACUUUUUUUUCCUCUAUUUGUAGAGUUUUGCCCUUUGUAAAUUGUUGUUAGCUCACCUGAUUGCUCAGGUGAGCUUUUGUGAUCGGUCUUUUUCCGUCGUAUGUCCGUCCGUCCAUCUGUCCGUCGUCCACAUUUGGUUUGUAAACACUCUAUAGGCCACAUUUUUGUCUGAUCUUCAUGAAACUUGGUCAAAAGAUUUGUCUCAAUGAUAUCUCGAUGGAGUUUGAAACUGGGUCAUGCUGGGUCAAAAACUAGGUCACUAGGUCAAAAAAAAGAAAAACCUUGUAAACACUGGUGAAGUCACAUUUCAUGCCCAAUCUUCAAAUAACUUUGGCAAAAUGUUUGUCUUAAGAAUAUGUUGGUUGAGUGUAAAAGUGGAUCCGUUCCGUUGAAAAAUAUGGCCACCAGUGGGCGGGGCAGUUUUCCUUAUUUGGCUUUAGAGAAACCUUGUAAACACUCUAGAGGCAGCAUUUCUUGUUCGAUCUUCAUGAAACUUGGUCCGAAGAUAUGUUCCAGUGAUACCUCGAUCGAGUUCGAAACUGGGUCAUGCUGGGUCUUCAUGUAACUUUGUCAAAAUGUUUGUCUUAAUGAUAUGUUGGUUGAGUUUAAAGUGGGUCCAGUCCGUUGAAAAACAUGGUCGCCAGUGGGCGGGGCAGUUUAUCUGAUUUGGCUCUAGAGAAACCUUGUAAACACUCUAGAGGCCACAUUUCUUGUUCGAUCUUCAUGAAACUUGGUCAAAAGAUUUGUCUCAAUGAUAUCUCGAUCGAGUUUGAAACUGGGUCAUGCUGGGUCAAAAACUAGGUCACUAGGUCAAAAAAAAGAAAAACCUUGUAAACACUGUAGCAGUCACAUUUCAUGCCCAAUCUUCAAAUAACUUUGGCAAAAUGUUUGUCUUAAGAAUAUGUUGGUUGAGUGUAAAAGUGGAUGCGUUCCGUUGAAAAACAUGGCCACCAGUGGGCGGGGCAGUUUUCCUUAGCUUUAGAGAAACCUUGUAAACACUCUAGAGGCAGCAUUUCUUGUUCGAUCUUCAUGAAACUUAGUUAGAAGAUUUGUCCCAAUGAUACAUUGAUCGAGUUUGAAACUGGGUCAUGCUGGGUCAAUAACUAGGUCACUAGGUCCAAAAAAACAUCCUUGUAAUACUGAAGAAGUCACAUUUCAUGCCCAAUCUUCAUGUAACUUUGUCAACAUGUUUGUCUUAAUGAUAUGUUGGUUUAUUUCAAAAGUGGUUCUGGUCAGUUGAAAAACAUGGCCGUCAGUGGGCGGGGCAGUUUUCCUUAUUUGGCUAUAGAGAGACCUUGUAUACACUUUACAGGCAAUUUUUCUUGUCCGAUCUUCAUGAAACUUGGUCAGAAGAUUUGUCCCAAUGAUACCUCGAUCGAGUUCGAAACUUGGUCAUGCUGGGUCAAAAACUAGGUCACUAGGUCAAAAAAAGAAAAACCUUGUAAACACUGUAGCAGUCACAUUUCAUGCCCAAUCUUCAUGUAACUUUGUCAAAAUGUUUGUCUUAAUGAUAUGUUGGUUGAGUUCAAAAAGGUGAGAGAACUCUUGUUUAUAAAUUGUGUCUGGAGCAUAUCUGAAAAAAUAAAAGAUGUAUCAAAGUGAAAUGUAAUAGAUGGGUAAAUCUCAUUGAGGGGUUGUGCACUGCUUAAGCACCAUUUCUUUUGCUUUUUAAAGUUAUUCUCAUCCGUUUUUUUAUGAACUUAAAUUUUUUCAAAUGCAUUUAUUAAAAACAAAACGAGGUAUGAACUUACUAGGUAUAUAGAUCUUAUUAUGAAGAUUAGCUCUCCAACUUUAAGCGUGAUUGCAUUUGUUAAUGUUGUCGAGAGCUUAGAAUGAACACUAAAUGAUGUAUCAAUUUUAGAGGUAGAUAGAUCUCUUUUAUAGGAUGUGCAGUGUACAAGAACUACAACACUUACCUAAGAACUACAACUCUUGCGUCCAUAUUUUUUGAAUUAUGGGCAUUCAUAACAUUUACGUUUUGAAUUGGGCAUAUCUGGCAAACUAUACAUAGUAUCAACUUGACAUUUCAUGUAAAGGUAGAUCUCAAUAAUUGAUAGUUCAAUGCUCAAGAAACAUAAUUGCUGCUUUCGUAUUUUACCAGUUAUUGCAAUUGUGAAUGUUUAUGUUUAUAUUUUGUCUAGGGCAUAUCUCAAAUGUAAUUUGAGAUAUUUAGACGAAACACCAAAGGUAUGAAGCUUACAAUGUUGGGAAUCCAAUUCUUAAAAUUGAACAGCCUCUGCCCUCUUGCAAAGUAAUCAUGGUUUUUAUGCCCCUGGUAUCGAAUGAUCGGGGGUAUAUUGUUUUUGGCCUGUCUGUCUGUCUGUCAUUCUGUUACUCUGUCACUCUGUCAUUCUGUCCCAAAACUUUAACCUUGGUUAAAGUUUUGCAAUAACUUUUGCAAUAUUGAAGAUAGCAACUUGAUAUUUGGCAUGCAUGUGUAUCUCAUGGAGCUGCACAUUUUGAGUGGUGAAUGGUCAAGGUCAUCCUUCAAGGGCAAAUAUAUGGCUUCAAAGCGGCGUAAUAGGGUGCAUUGUGUUUCUGACAAAUACAUCACUUGUUGGUUUUUAUUUACUGCUUCACACAAAUGAAGUUGUGGUAAGAAUCAUUAAAUAGUAUCUGUUAAUUUCUCUCGAGGUUUUUUAUAGGCCAGUUUUGAGCUGAUUCCCUGAUAAAAAGUGUGAAUUUCCUUUACUCUGUAUCUGCAAGGCACACUUUAAAGUUACAUCUUCGUAUCUUAUGUUAGCACAUCAUGCUUAUGUUUAGAUUUUGUGAUCGCCUUUUGUCUGCAAAUUGCCAUGCAUUUACCUAAUUUACAGGCCACAUUUGCUGCUAAAAUCAUAAUGGAACGUGCUCAGAAUAUUAAAUUUUGUCUGUAAGGAUCUUGGGCAAUUUGGUCCCAUGAUGUUAAAAUCUAGGUAACUAGAUCAAAUGGGAGAAAAUUGUGGGUGCACUAGAAAGCAUUUUGUUUGCCCAAUCGUCAUGAAACUUGCUUUGAACAUUUUGAUCUUAUGAUAUAUCAGUUGAAAUAUAAGAAUAUUGUUCAGUUAAAAACAUGGCAACCAGUGGUUGGUUCAGUUUUAUGAUAAGGCUAUAGUUAUCCCUUGUUAACACUCUAGAAGUCAUAUUUAGGGCUCAUUUAUUCACCUAAUAGUCCUAGCUAUUCUACUCACCUGUGUCUGCGUCUGCAUAAUACUCUGGUUAACCCUUUGCAUGCUGGGAAAUUUGUCAUCUGCUAAAAUGUCGUCUGCUGAAUUUCUAAAAUUAGAAUUUUCUUCGUUUUUUUCCAAAGAAUACUAUCAGAAUAGCAAACAGUUUGGAUCCUGAUGAGACGCCACGUUAUGUGGCGUCUCAUCUGGAUCCAAACUGUUCGCAAAGGCCUUCAAAACUUGGUUCCAGCAGUGAAAGAGUUAAGGUAGACAAGCAACUUCUCCAUGGACUAGUAUCACACACAUACAUAAAGAGAAUACUUGGUUGGUGCCGAGAUGGAGAAAGUUUAUCCGGUGAGGCUUAGAAAAAGAAAAUAGGGCGAGCUUUAGCGACCCCUAUUUUUUUUUUCAGGUCGAACUGGAUAAACUUUCUCCAUAUCGGCACCAACCAUGUAUUCUGUUUAUCCUGCUUCAUGCCGUUGACACAUUUUAUCAAAGACAAAUCAUAAAUUGACAUAACAAUAUAAUUGUUCUUGUCGAGCCUCCUACAUGUACACAACAUUCCAGACGACCGAAUAACUACCCAUUGUGUCACGUAAAAAAUAGUUCCUCUUUAAACUGUUCCUUUUAAUACUUUCCUAUUGAAAAUAGGAGAAGAAUUGAGUAUGUGAUAUUUUUCUUGGUAAAAAAAAUAAAAUGCAGCAGCAAAACAAAAAACCAAAACUAAAUUGUAUUUACCUUAAUGACAACUUUAAUCCAUUGCUUAUAACAAUAAAUUUACAACGAUAUACACAUCAAUUUUCUGGUCGUCCAUCCCUUUGUCAAAAUCCAUUUUCUGUUUUUCCAUCCCUAUUAUCGAAUUGUAUUUUAAACCACACUAUUUUUUGAUAGCGUUUGUAUCGAAUGCUAACCUCUCUGACCCAAAACCCGAUUUACGAAAUCGUAAUCCUGCCGUAGAGAAUUAUUUUAUUCCUAUUGAAGUUAACAAUUAUGAAUGACAAACACACAAUCCGAAAUACGUUUAUGAUUUGUUCGAUGCUUUAAUAAAAAAAUAUUGUUAAAACCACCAUGUCAAAAUUGUUUUCCCUAAAAUCCUGAGAGAAACUAAAUAGUAUGUUGAGUCUGAGAAAUGACGUCACACUAGAUACGUCAUAAAUUGCGUAAUCAAGUAAAUGUAACUGAUAAAUACGGAAAGCUGGUUCGGUUAUAUAUUUUAAAGAAGAAAAAAAGGAUGAUAUAUAAUAUAACGAUAACAUUUAUGAUGCGUCCCACUAAAUUUCAAAGGUCAAAUAUUAGAACAUGUUAAUCGUCACAGCGUGUGUAGGAAUACACUACUUCCUGUGGACCGGAGAUAGGAAAAUUUAUUUGACCAUGCUUUAUUUGGUCAAUGUUUGCAACAGAGGCAGGAUAAACCCUUUCCCUCUCAGAAGCAAAGUGAAAAUGGCCAUGUUCAAACUGCAUAAAGCCAGAACAGACUGAGACUUACUCAGGUUUAAUGCUGUUUGCUGCUUAUCAGUAUCUUAAGGUUGGAAAUGAAGCCUUUAAAACUUGAAUCUAGUACGAUUUAAACUUUAUGUUCUAAAGUGACAACUAAUGUGUCAAAAUACAUAUCUAAGUGGUAAAAGGUUAAGUCAAUAUUCAGACUCAACUUGGUGUUCUUUUUCAAUGUUUGAAAUGCGUUUGAUCAUCAUGCCCAAUUCUGUGUUGUUAGUUUUGAGUCUGACUCAACCCUGCGUUUGAGGAGGACUGUGUGUUACUGGUCCAUGAUCAUUGUUUUAACUUUAGGUAAUAAAUACAAACUUAACACAUAUGGGCCAUGCUUUGUGAAAAAGGGGUUUAAUGCAUAUGCAUAAAGUGUUGUCCCAGAUUAGCCUGUGCAGUCCGCACAGUCUUAUCAGGGUUAACACUUUACGCUUAUAUAAAAAAAAUGGUAUAAAGAAAGUCUCUUCUUAGCAAAAAUUCAGUUUAGGGUGAAAGUUUCGUCCCUGAUUAGCCUGUGUGGACUGCACAGGCUAAUCUGGGAUGACGCUUUACGCACAUGUUUAAACCCCCUUUUCACAGAGCAUGGCCCACAUGUUUAGGGUUAUGGUUUAAGAUCACUGACAAAGUUCCCUUUGUGUGUCCUGAAAUUAGAAGAGUUAUGUCCCUUUAGUUUAUUUAGAAAAAUCAGGAUGACAUUUGUGUGGAUCUACUCCAUAUUUCAAUAUCUACUACAGAUACUAAACUAAAACUUUACAUUUGUUUUCAAAUGUGACGAUUGGUUAAGUUUUUUUUGCAACAAGUACAUAAUUUCUUUAUGUACUUGAGAGGAUCAUCAGGCAUGGUCACAGACCAAGGUCCUGAACUCUGACCUACAUGAAGCUAUGCACCUUUUUCAAAAUCAAGGUAAACUUUGGGUGCAACAACUUCUAUCUAGUUGACAUGUAAACCUUGCAUGAGGUUGCAGCUGGUUCAAGGUCAUGGUCACUGUUGCUUAAAUAUAUCAAACAUUGUGUUCAAUAACUUAGUACAAAUGUGGAAAUUUUGUGUAUAUGUAACUUACAUGCUAAAGUAGUGAGGGGUUUGGCUUGUGGAUUCAAGGAUGUUUUCUUUAGGUAUGUCUUUCUUUUCAUAUGUCUUUGUUGUCAUUACCUGAUGUGAAUGACAGAAUAUUUACAUUUUUACUCUCAAAGCAGAAGGAAAGUCGAGCAUGCUGUUUUUGUAUAACUUUUUUUUAAUUGCCAUUGUAAGUUGAAAUUAUUUUUGUCAAAUAUGGUACCCAAUAUUGUUAAAGACUGGUAUUGACUUCGCUUGUAAAUGUCUUGAUAUAUGCAAUACAUGUUUGUAUGCUUGCAAAAUGUCAAACUUGUUGGAUAUGUUAAGUCAUUUUUCAAAUUGCAAUAUCCAAAUAGCUUCACAAAUAUUAAACUUUAUAAAGAUGGAUAUUAUUUGUGAGCCAUCUCCAUUUCUCAAAAAUGAAGGUCACACUUAGAUGUCAAAGGUCAAAUAUGAGCAUAACACAGCUUGUCUGGUUUGUAAUUUCAUCAUCUGUUAUGCAAUUAUUUUUGUUAAUUUACGACAAAUUUUCCCCAUGCAUGAUGCUGAGAUGGCUUUUUGUGCGUAAGAAUCGUAUUACAUGCUCAGUCUCAAGCUCUUAUUUAGAAAUAAUAAGUUUUAUCAUUUAGCAUGCCAUUUUUUCCCUUCCCACAUGUGAGCACAUUUUGUGUCAUGUCAACUAAAAAAUUGCUUCCUUAAAAAAGCAAGAUCAUACGAUUUUGUUAAAUAUUUAUUAAUUUAUAUAAAAUGUGUAAAAAAGUUAUGAAACAUUUUUUUUUAUAUAAAUUAAAAUAAAAGUUAAGAAGAACGUGUGUCGAAAAAUGCAAAAUAAGCCAGAUAUUUAAUUCUGAAAUUCUGUACAGUCAAAUUUGCCAGCAUGUAAAUCAUGCAUGUACGAUGUGAAUCUAAAUUUAGUUGAACGGUUCAUUUUUAAUUCCUGCAACAUUAUCUAUUCAUACGACACACGAACACUAACUAAAAAGACAAAUGCUUCGGUUAUUGUAGGAAAAUAUGUAUGAAAUAUCUUUGUCACAAUCGGCUCGGGUGCGCAUUUGUCUUUGCUGCAUUUUAUGAAAUUCGUCUUCAAUGUAUAAUUUUUCUUGCCUAUUUUGUGUUAUUGUAACAUAGUUUAUCGAUAUAUUACAAUAUAACACAUAUGAAAAAUCGUAUAAUCUCGCUUUAAAAGUUAAGAAAGAGUGUUGUUAAGAGAAUUCAGAAUGUUAAGAGUCUGUUAUGAUCUGAAGCAACAUGACUCCAUGCAUCUGGGGGUGAAAAAGUAUUGCAACAGAAAUAUUAAGUGCAUGUAUUAUAUUUUUAUGAACUGGUUUUAUGCUUAUUUUACUGAUUCAUGAUGUAUGCAAACACAUUGCUUUAAUGACUUGAAACUUACACAGUUAAAGAGUAGUUGCCCCCAAUAAGAAUUUCUUAAUGCCACUUCUUAAUCCUCAUUUAAAGAGGCCUUUUCACAGAUUUUGGCAUGUAUUGAAGUUUGUCAUUAAAUGCUUUAUAUUGAUAAAUGUAAACAUUGGAUAAAUGUAAACAUUGGAUCUAAAAAGCUCCAUUAAAAAGAAAUAAUGAUAAAAUUAAAGAAACAAAAAAGUU